GGAUGCGCCGCAUUAAUUCGGCCGAAACCGAACAUUUAUCAAUUUUUAAAAUUGCGCAAGUAACUUCCGGGGCGUGGGGGCGUUAAGAGUUUGUAAGCGAGGGAGAUGGAUAGUCGUGGUAGAAGGAUCGUCGUCUGCGAUAACGGUUCCGGGUUUGUAAAAUGUGGUUAUGCCGGGUCCAAUUUUCCAACGUACACAUUCCCGUCGAUUGUCGGGCGGCCAGUUUUGCGUUCGACAAAUAAAGUGGGCGAUUUGGAAAUUAAGGAUUUGAUGAUUGGUGAGGAAGCAAAUGCACUGCGAUCCAUGUUGGAGAUCAACUAUCCCAUGGAAAAUGGCAUAGUGAGAAACUGGGAAGAUAUGUGCCAUGUUUGGGAUUACACAUUUGGACCAAGUAAAAUGAAUCUUAAUCCAAGAGAAUGCAAAGUACUUCUAACAGAAGCACCACUAAAUCCUUCUUCAAACAGAGAGAAAAUGAUAGAAGUGAUGUUUGAACGUUAUCAGUUUGCUGGUGUAUACAUAUCUAUUCAAGCAAUUCUUACAUUAUAUGCACAAGGAAUAAUAACUGGUGUGGUAGUCGAUUCAGGAGAUGGAGUGACUCACAUAUAUCCUAUCUAUGAGGGAUUUACUAUGCCUCAUCUUGUAAAAAGAUUAGAUAUUGCUGGCAGAGAUAUUACUAAAUAUUUAAUAAAGUUAUUGUUGGCACGAGGAUAUGCAUUUAAUCAUAGUGCAGAUUUUGAAACUGUUCGUAUGAUGAAAGAGAAACUGUGUUAUAUUAGUUAUAAUGUGGAACAAGAACAAAAAUUAGCUACAGAAACUACUUUUCUUGUAAAAAAUUAUGUGCUUCCAGACGGUCGUACAAUAAAAGUUGGCGGGGAGAGGUUCGAAGCACCCGAGGCCCUCUUUCAACCCCAUUUGAUAAAUAUAGAAGGACAAGGCCUUGCGGAACUAUUAUUCAGCACAAUACAAUCUGCAGAUUUAGACAUUAGAUCGGAACUAUACAAACAUAUAGUUCUUUCUGGAGGAAGUACAAUGUAUCCAGGUCUUCCAAGUCGACUGGAGAGAGAAUUGAAACAGUUGUAUCUUCAGAACGUACUGAAAGGAGACAUCGAGAAACUAGCAAAAUUUAGGCUAAGAAUAGAGGAUCCUCCAAGAAGAAAAGAUAUGGUAUUUAUUGGGGGAUCGGUAUUGGCAGAAUCGGCCAAAGACAGAGAUAGUUUCUGGAUGUCCAAAGAAGAAUAUGAAGAGAAGGGAUUUAAAGUGUUAGAUAAACUGGGGCUCUCGGGUGUCAAUCGUACAUUUUAACCUUCUAACACUUAAAAUAAUUCUAGUCUUUUCAUCUCUAUAUUUUUAAAAUAUUCAAAUUUCUUCAAUCAAUUUUUAUGAAAUUGUUAGUUGUCAAUUUUUGUAUUUUCAGAAGAAAUUUAUAAUACAUAAUAUUUUGAACUAUGUGAUAUUAUUUAUACCUGAAAUGAAACCAAAGAAUUUUGAUGCUAAAAGUUGUUGUAUUAUCACUGUUAAUAAGUGCCAUAUUUAAUGGAUAUUAACAUUCCAAAAUGUAAAAUAUUUUGUAUUUUUCACAUUAAACAUUCCUUUUGUUGAUUUACUA